UUAAACAGGACCAGGACUACAGAGUUAAUUCCGAACGUGGAGCCCUUGUAAUUUUCUCAACUGCAGAAUGAAGGAGCACGAAAUUGAUGUGGCGGAUACCAGAUCUAACAGAUUUGAAUACUGCAUAAGAAAUUUUUAAGAAUCUAAGAUCCUUGAAGACAUCAAUGCAAGCCUGAAUAAGAAAAACCAACUUCUUUCUCCUAAGCCAUGGCAUAUCAAUUAUACAGAAAUACAACUUUGGGAAACAGUCUCCAAGAGAGCCUUGAUGAGCUCAUACAGUCUCAACAGAUCACCCCCCAACUUGCCCUUCAAGUUCUACUUCAGUUUGAUAAAGCUAUAAAUUCAGCAUUGGCGCAGAGGGUCAGGAACAGAGUCAAUUUCAGGGGCUCUCUAAAUACAUACAGAUUCUGCGAUAACGUGUGGACUUUUGUAUUGAAUGAUGUUGAAUUCAGAGAGGUGACAGAACUUAUUAAAGUGGAUAAAGUGAAAAUUGUAGCCUGUGAUGGUAAAAAUACUGGCUCCAAUACUACAGAAUGAAUAGAAAAAAAAAUGGCUUUUUUAUGCCAUCUUCUGUUGUUAUUCAUCACUUUUUGAAGAGAAGCAUAGAAGAGACUUUUUUUAUUUAUUCUAGCAUUGCGGAAAUGACUACACUGUGCUAUAUAUACUACCAGAAUUCCAAUAGGAAGAAGCUUAUAACUAUAGCCUCUUACAUUACUUUUUCAGCAUGAAGAAACAGAAGUUUUUUUUAACAACAAACAUUGUUGCCUUCCUAAGAACAUUCUUGAAUAAAUUCAUUUUAAAACUCA